AUUCAAGCUCACAAGUACCUCUCGCGAUACGGUAGUCUAGCCAUUUUCCCACCAUAGAGACCCAUUAUCGCGAAGCGCCACUGCGUGACUUUGGCAAAACAGCCAAAGACACGGAGCCAGCCGAGCGAACCCGUGACGGGGUGCUUUUUGGUGCAACCUCUUUGUUGACCUUGAAUCUUUGCUGACCGCCGCGUGCUCCAAGUCCUCCAUUCCGUUCCGAUAAAAGACUGAGGAGAAAGAAAGGGAGAGAGAAAGACAGAAGCGGGGAGUUCUUGAAUACAGCAAUCACCAUCUCUGCGCUCCGCUGACAGGCAGAAGUGGUAUCCUUCAGCCUAUCGCUUCGCUCUGGGGAAGAAAUAAAUAAAGAAUUAUCACCGCUAUCGGUUACUCACUGCUAUCGUUGGUUGCCCUUUUCCUCAACCAGGCCCGCCGCUAUGGGUGCAGAAGAAGCCCGCUCUUCUUCUGAUGAAAGCGAGGACCUCUCUGUGCCAGCGUCUCCCCGGCGGUCGACUUCAUCCCUUCCAGAUCCCGCUACAACUGCGCAACCCCCGCCCCUGGUGGAGAAGUUUAACCCCGCUGUCUACGUGAUGUGAGUUUUCCCCUGGGCAACGUCACCAGUGGUGCCGUGCUGACAACCGAGACGCUAGAGUAUGGAUCAUUCUAAGUUCGGUCGCGAUCAUCUUUAACAAGUGGAUCUUGUUCGAUAAGAAUUUUUGUAAGUUUCUUAUCGCUCUCUGCAUGACUUAUCCGCAUCGCCGCCACCUGGGCCUUGUAGCUAACUUUCACUAUAGCAUUCCGUAAGAUCCCCUUACCUCCCGAGUGACUACAAUUAUCGAGCACCCGCAUUGAGUUUGUGAUAGCAAUAUUCCUUACAACAUGGCAUUUGGUGUUUGCAACCAUCGCUACUCAGAUUCUUGCACGGACGACCCAUCUCCUCGAUGGCCGGAACGAUAUCCCCAUGACGGGAAAGCUCUACCUAAGAGCUAUCGCCCCCAUCGGCCUGUUCUUCAGCUUGAGUUUGAUAUGUGGAAACCAGACGUAUAUGUACCUGCCCAUUGCUUUUAUACAGAUGCUAAAGGUACAACUACCGCCCUUGGUUUGACGUCAAUUACGGCACCUGCUCACUCUGUCCCUCGUAGGCAACCACCCCGGUGGCAGUCCUCCUCGUGGGCUGGGGGAUGAAGGUGGAAACACCGAACGUUAGGGUGCUUGCGAAUGUCUCCGUAAUUGUGCUGGGUGUCAUGAUUGCCUCGUACGGGGGGAUCGCCUUCAAUUUCACUGGCAUCGUAUUCCAAACGGCCGGCAUUAUUUUUGAAGCUCUUCGUCUUAUCCUGGUGCAACGGCUGCUUUGCACCGCAGAAUACAAAAUGGACCCGCUCGUAUCCUUGUAUUACUUUGCGCCGGCCUGUGCAUUGAUGAAUUUCCUGACAUUCCUUGUAUUCGAGACAUCGAGACUGGGUAUGUCCGAGAUACUUAAGCCCGGACUGCUCACAUUGCUUGCAAAUGCAGCCCUGGCUUUUAUUUUGAACAUCUCGGUGGUUUUUCUGGUGAAAUACAUAUCCAAACCUUAGAGCUAUGGGGUUCCCGCUAACUACAUCUAUUAGAUCGGCAGAACCUCCUCCUUGGUCCUCACCCUGUGUGGUGUUCUCAAAGAUAUCCUUCUAGUCGGUACCUCAGUCGUUGUUUGGGGCAGUACCGUCAGUCUUACACAGCUGGUUGGCUACAGUAUUGCACUGGCCGGUCUCGUUAUCUACAAGCUUGGCGCAGAUAAGAUCCGAGAACAAUAUCAGCGCCUCCACAAUGAUGGUUCCACUGCAUGGGAGGAAUUUGGUGAAAAGCAUCCCACCCGAAGAAAGGUUUCGAUAGGUGGAGCAGCCGCACUUAUCUUCGUCAUGGCUCUGGGAGUAAUGUUUGGGACCGGAAAGACAGAGAUUCAGUCCGUGCCGCUGGAGGGUGGAGAAUCCAGCGAAGUAGUCUACGUUCCCCAAAAACCAAACACAGAGCAAAGUGGACCUUUCCCUGUUGCCACAUUAGACAUGAAAUACCGGCCCCCUAGGAAGCUUGAUAUUGUCGUCAGCAUAUACAAAGAGCACCCGACUGCGGUCGGUCAGGCUCUAGAAGUGAUUAAGCGACUGCCCGGGUUCCCCGCGCUGAACCCCAACACCAUUGUUUACUUCGGGGAUCCCAACGCAGACCAACGAAUUGUGCAUGACCAGACCAAAGCAAAUGCAGUUCGAAAGUUGGGAACCCGGGGGGGGACUAAUGCUGCCUGGCUUACCCAUAUCAUUGAUAUGUGGGAUGAGCUCGCGGAGCAUACAAUUUUCCUUGAUGGAUCCUUCCAGAAUUUUGAGAAGAUGGCUCAACGCAUAUAUGAUUACUACGGACCGGAAACCGGCGUACUCUCUCUUGCUCCCAGCCUCCGUCGCUGUGCCUGCCACCAGUGUAAGGACCCCUUUGGCACAGAAGAGACUUGGUAUCGUGUUCCGGAGAUUUUUGCCUCCUUUAAUGGAGAAUUUUGCCCUGCCGGGGAUGUCCUCUUGUCGCGGUCUGGACAGUUCAUUGUUUCGGCAAAGCGUAUCCGCGGCACCCCGAGGUAUGUCUAUGAAAGCAUGAGACGCCUCCUAACCAGUGAUGACGAUCACUGGAUCCAUAACGACAAGAAAUUCGGUUACUACACAGAUGAUUUAAAUGACCCGUUCUUUGGCCGCGCCUUCGAAAAGAGUUGGAUGAUUGCUUUCCAAUGUGGAGAUCCAAGAUUGGCCGAGAGUUGCCCAAUGCUCGGGGAGAGGCGUCAGCCCCAGGACCCACUCGACCGCUGCCAGUGCCUUGACAGGAAUCCUGCACAUCCCAGGGGUCCAAAGCCGGCCCGGAUAACUCGGAGUCAUGUUCGGAGGGCUUGACAUGAAGAUCUUAUGGGCUAACCCCCCGAUUCUGUUUCCUCUUCGAUGUUUUCUUUCUUUUACGCCGUCAUUGGAUUGUAUCACUUUAGUAGUUUAAAAGCAUUCAUGUGUAUGGAAUUUUAGCAUUCAUGUGGCAUCCCAAAACCUACCCCUAUCCAGAAGCAUUUCUAGUCCAACCACAUCCCCGGAGCCCAGCGAGAGCUAUCGUUCCACCUCCACUCCCUUAACCCUGCCUCCACCUCAAUACGGCCUGCAGCAACAGCACCCAGAUGGUUGGAAUGUCCUAACCCUCUCAGCGUCUGGUUUUUGACGAGUGACAUCGUGUUGCAGCAAAUUCGCCUAGCAUUGCUCGGUUCUAGCUCUUGAGGGUUCGAAACCAUGCCGAGAGUUAUGAUACGACGUUUAAACGGUUUACGGAAAGCUUUCUCCCCUUCCUUCCCCCCUGCUCCUCAAUUCAUGGACAAAACACUGUAUCCACAAGCACCGAAAGUUCUUCCCACCCCGCAAUCGCCAACCACCCAAAGUACACAGGCACCAGCAACGACCCCUCCCCUUUUCAAUCCGAUGGAUCAUACCAAUGCCCACGAGUUCCGCAAUGUGCUCCGCUCCGACGGCUCGCACCCAGAUUCUCAAGUCAACCACCACACCCAGCCCCCAUCUCUAGGCUAGUAGUCGCGAAGAAUCUGUCGACAGCCACCGCCCCAACCCGACGACCAUCGGGGUAGGCACUUCCGCCGGAGGGUCAGACCAUCCUCGCCGCCCUUCACUGGGAUUCCCUAGGAGGUGCCCCAACGCUGAGAACGGAACAAGCCAGUGAACGAGGAGGGGGAGGAGGAAGGCUUCCGGGUGAGGAAUUGUGAUGCGUUUAGCAUUAAUGUUGUCGCCGAGAGCUGGGUUUGGUUCGUGCACGCUUACCAGCAUCUGGGAAGUUCGCUCGAGCCAGCGUGAAGGGGGGGGAUGUCGGUACAUUCAGAGUUAGCUUAUUGAGUACCUUUGUCUUUAUAUAGAUAGCACGAUCUCGAGUACCGUUAUGCGUCAUGUUUUUCUUUUUUUGACUAACAGUGUUGAUCAUAAGUUUGACCGGGGGUUUUUUUUUAAUUCUGAUACUGUGAAUUGCGAUUG